CCCAGCUUGCUUUGAUUGAUACCAGCCAUGUGUUUGUGUGAGAUCCUUAAGGGCAAAACCAAGCAGCAAAUAGUGCAGACCGGAGAGGAGAGAUUGGAAUAUGAUGAUGAUGGCAAAAACAUGUGUCUCUGCAUCAAACUCACCACUUCUCAUUCGAUCCAUGGCUACCCAGAAGCCAAUCCCCUCGGCCACAACAACUGUUAGCUCCAAAAAGAGUGGAACAGGAACAGGAACAGGAACAGUGAAGCUACUCACAAGGGUGGAGCAGCUGAGGCUGCUAACCAAGGCAGAGAAAGCAGGGCUAUUGUCAGCGGCCGAGAAUUUUGGGUUCUCGCUAUCCGCCAUUGAGAGACUUGGGGUGCUAUCCAAGGCAGAAGAGCUGGGAAUUCUAUCAGCAGCUACUGACCCUGGAACCCCUUCAGGUCUGUUCAGCCUCAGCCUGGGAUUGCUAGCUUUGGGCCCUGUUUGUGUGUAUUUUGUGCCUGAGGAAUACCCUUGGCAGAUUGGUAUCCAGGUUUUGGUAGCUUUCAUCUCUGUUCUUGGUGGCUCUGCAGCCUUUGCUGCAUCAAAUCUUGUAUCUAAUUUGCAGAAAUCAAGUUGAGCUAAAGAUUGUUGGUAAUAAAUGUAGAAAGAUUAUGAAAUAUGCAGUUGAAAGUUGGUUGUAUGCUUA